GGGUUAAAAAUUUCUUCGUUCUCCGAGGACCGACUGGACUGGAGACACUAGGGCUCCAUCUUUCUUCCCUCACUUUCCAUAUCAAGGCGAGUGGAAGCACUUGAGUCGUUGGAUUUUGGAUCGAUUGUGACAUACGUGGGUGUGUUUGAAAACCUGUAAUGCAGGAAACUGAGUAGCAAUCAACUGUUUAGAUGUUAGUAAAAGGAAGGAAAGUCUCCGGUAGGGGAGAAGCGGUAACAUCAAACUAUGCUUUUGGCCCACAUGAAGAGGACAUAAUUAUAAAACACAGGCUUCUCACCCGAACCACAACCACAAGGGGUGAACCUCCAUUGAAGAAACUUCAGAAGAAGUUCACCACUUUUGUCCUUGAGAUCGAGAAGGAUGCAGAUCAUUAUGGUGACUGUGAGAAACUGGCCAAAGCUUUCUUACAGGAGUUGUCUACUUUUGAAAUUCCACUCCUCAAGAGCAAAGCGGUUGUUGAUGCGAACAUAAGAGAGAAGGAGAACUUCAAUGAGUUGGAAGAUGAGAUAAACAGGCAGAUCGUGCAGGCACAGACUGACAUAGAAGAUCUUAAGAAGCAGCUGGAAGAGAGUAAGAUUGAGAGGCAGCACAAAGAGGAGUGUGAGGCAAUCAGGAAAUUGAUUGCCACACAGCCACCUAGAUCAGAGACACAGAAGACCAUAACGGAACUGGAGAAAGAGAUUGCAGCUUUGGAUGCAGAGAACACUGCUGGUUCAAGGUUGCUUGAGCUUCGCAAGAAACAGUUUGCCCUUUUACUGCACGUGGUGGAUGAGUUGCAGAAUACCAUAGAAGAAGAGCAGAAAAAUUUGGUCGAGGAGAUGAGACUUGCGACUGAAGAACAGAAGAAUGGGAUUGAGGACGCCAGUGGGGGCUCAGAUGCCAUGGCUGUUGAUUAGUGACUAUUCCGAAACUCAAUAUUACAGGUUGAUAAUGGAUGUAGUUUCAGCAUAGCUUACUCUUAGAAAGUGAUAAUUUGGUCCGGCCUUGAAGACUCAGAUAUCGAGGGUGGUGAUCUAUCUUGCUUGCCUUUAGUUCAAAUGUAAAUAAAGACUUGAAAUGUUUGGUUUAUCUUUCGGUCAGUCCAUACUUCAACAAGUGAGGCACAUUUAACUGAUGAAACUCCAAUAUUUCUUCUCUUGUAAUUCAUUGGAAUUUGUAUUCAGUGAAUCUGAAAGAAAUUUUGAUCUUCUAUGUCAACCUUCCAAUCAAUACAAAAGAAUGAAUAUUGUACUUAUUCA